UAAAAUUGAGAGCACAAAGCUGUUAAAAGAUAUAAUUUUCGAUAUUCCGAAUUUUUUAUUAAUUUUAUUUCCACCGAGUCUGCGAGGUCGCCACUAGUCGGGCCUAAACUCCUCUGGGAGGAAAAAUAAACCAAUAAUCAAAUUUCGUGAAGUGCAAAAAAUUAUCGAAAAUGGAAACAAGUGAGAAUAAAUCGUCAGAAAAUGAUACAAAUCUGUCCUCAUUAUUUGAUACUGCCCUGGAGCUCUUCAAUUCCUUGGAGAAAACCGACGAGGCAACGAAUACACCUGAAGUACAGGUCCAGGUGAAGAGGUGCAUGAAGAUGCUGGAGGACGCGACAAAUUUGGUGUCGAUGGCUGACAUGUUCAGUGCAAACGAGGACUUCGAUGAGAUUCCAACAGAAAACGUCAAGUAUUUUCUCUUGCCAGCACUCCUGGGGUCAUUAUCCACAAAACUCUGUGACAGGGCACAUCGCCUGCACUACGUAAAUGUCUCAGAGGUCUAUUUCUACGACUUCCUGGAGAGAGUCAAGGCCUAUGGCAUCACCGACGUGGAAAUACCCAAGAGAAAAAAUCCAGAGGAAACAGCUGCUGCUGGAGAGACAUCCUCAGGUCCUCCACCCUCCAACACAAAAAUGAUCGAGGAUAUGGUGAACACUCGUGGGGGUAAACUGAAGCGAUUCCGAGAUCAGAAGGAGCUCCAGGAGCAGCUGGAGAUCCUCAAGAAGUCGAUGGACAAUCCCAAUCUCGACGACGAAACCAUUAGAAAAUAUUUCGUUACUCUCAUCAAGUCGUAUGUCAUGAAAGCCAUCGACGAGAUCAAUUCUCUGUCCCAGGAGAAGGAGAUCCUGGCGUUCAUGGAAAAGAGGAAGGACGAGGGAGAGGAGCCGAGAAAGAAGGAUUAUCAUCCCCCGAAGCUCCGGCCCAUCAUCAUAACGAAGAAUGACGUCCAGAAGAAGGUGUUUGGGGCUGGUUAUCCCAGUCUUCCUGUCAUGACUGUCGAGGAAUUUUAUGAGAAAAAAAUUGCUGAUGGUGAGUGGUCAGCUGCUGGAGCUGGAGCCAGUGCCAAGAGUCUUCAGGACAUGGCCAACAAUCAGAAUUCCAGUCAGGACACACCUGAGGAUCUGGAGAAAGAGGCCAAGGUGGAGAGGGAUGACGAGGAAUUCCUCCAGCAGCAGAGGGCCAUGGAUGAAUACAAGGACACACACAAGAGAGGAUGGGGGAACAGGCACAACCGCAGCUAGGCUGUGAGAUUUUGCGAUUUUUUUUUUUCAUGUCAAGGAAUUCAGUUCAAUAUUUUGCCAUGUGUCAUAUUCGAGGAAAGGCUUGGGAGUUUUUCACAUUACUAGCUGAUUUGUAUUAUUGAAGAUAUAUUUUUUUUCUGAUGAUUUGCUAAUAAAAUAUGAAUACAGAAAUUA